AUGUCGGUGCAACACACAAAAGUUCAUUUGUUGAUUCUUUUGUUCAUUCUCGACGAAGUUGCAGGUUAUUCCUACAAUCGACCAAGUCUUUCAUCUGAUUCUCAAUGGAAUCCAAAUGGAACAACAAUCGUAAAUGAAACGAUGAUCGGAACAAGUCUCUUUGAUUUGUUUAUUGAUGAAAACAAUACUAUUUACAUUUCAAAUGAACAAAAGCAACAAAUUGUGAUUUUUGUUGAAGGAAAUGUGAGUUGGAUGAGAAAUAUUUCAAUGAAUUUGAAGAACUCGUCAAGUUUAUUUGUGACGAACGAAGAGAAGAUCUAUGUUGAUACAUUUUAUUCAUCAAAUGUGAGUGUUGUAAGUCAAAUCGAAGUGAAUUCAUCGUGGAGAGUGAGUUCUAUUUUACGAAUGAACUUUUGUGAACAAUGUUUUGAUAUUUUUGUGAGUGAAAAUCAAACUUUGUUUUGUUCAUUAUCUGAACAACAUCAAAUCAUUUCGAAAUCAUUACUCAAUCGAUGGAAUCAUUUGAAAAUCGUGGCUGGAACAGGAAGUGAAGGAUCAACAUCAACAACACUUCGAAAUCCUCGUGGAAUAUUUCUCGAUGAGAAUAAUUCAACUCUAUUUGUUGCUGAUUGUGGAAAUAAUCGAAUACAGAAAUUCCGCUUUGGUUCAUUUCAAGGUGAGACAAUUCUUUCGAAUGGAACAUUUGAACUGAAUUGUCCAAAUGGAAUCACAUUGGAUAAUGAAGGUUUUGUAUUUGUUGUUGAUUCCAACAAUCAUCGAAUCAUCGGACAAAAUUCCAAUGGUUUUCAUUGUUUAGUCGGAUGUAAUCAAUCAGCGGGUUCUAAUUCAAAUCAACUGAGUUCUCCGUCAAAUCAACUGAGUUCUCCGUCAAAUCUUCAAUUUGAUUUAUUUGGAAAUAUCUUUGUCGUUGAUCAACAAAACCACCGGAUUCAAAAAUUUGAUUUGAUUAUCAUUGCAGGACAAUGGCAAUCAACUGGAAAUAUGAGUGUUGCACGACAUGUGCAUACAGCAUCGAUUUUAUCAAAUGGAAAAGUCUUAGUCACUGGUGGAUGGACUGGUAGUGUUUCUCUGAAUAGUGCUGAAUUGUAUGAUCCAUCAACAGGCAAUUGGACAACAACUGGAAAUAUGAGUGUUGCACGAAAUCAGCAUACAGCAUCGAUUUUAUACAAUAAGACUAUAUUAGUGGCAGGUGGGUGCUGUCCUCUCAACAGUGCCGAAUUGUAUUGA